AAGUGCAAGACACUGCUCCGACGAGGGAGCGAUGUUGGAGAGAUAUGCACCUGCUGUAGAUGCAGCAGUAGGUGUACCCCAGAAAGCGAAAAAGACAGUCCCGUACCGUCAGAUAACUACGGAGGAACCUGUUACUGUCACACUGCCAAUGAUGGCAUCAGCGUGAAAACGGGGAAAGUCUCUCCGUUGUAGACGCAGACGGAAAGAGAAGCGGCAAUGGGACCGUUUUCGAAGGGACGCUACUUCUGUUUGGGCAUCUUCUUGUUCCUUGUUUUCUUUACUACUUGUACAACAACUAAAGGAACCAGCAGCGAUGCUCUUCCAGACUCCCUGCCAUCUGUCCCGGGCACGCUCCCACACUUCCUACAGGAACCAGAGGACGCUUACAUCAUCAAGAGCAACCCUAUCAAGCUGCGCUGCCGGGCUGCGCCUGCUCUGCAGAUAUUCUUCAAGUGCAAUGGAGAGUGGGUGCACCAGAACGAGCAUGUGUCCCAGGAGUACUUGGAUGAGAACACGGGCCUGAAGAUCCGUGAGGUGAUGAUCAAUGUGUCCCGUCAGCAGGUGGAGGACUUCCAUGGCCCAGAGGACUACUGGUGUCUGUGUGUUGCCUGGAGUCACCUGGGCACCUCCAAGAGCCGCAAGGCCACCGUCCGCAUUGCAUACCUACGGAAGAACUUUGAGCAGGACCCCCAGGGGAAGGAAGUGCCAAUCAAGGGCAUGAUUGUGCUGCACUGCCGUCCCCCAGAGGGAGUUCCAGUAGCAGAGGUGGAAUGGCUGAAGAACGAGGAGCCAGUGAGCUCCCUCAACGACGACAACAUCGACACCCGAGCUGACCACAAUCUCAUCAUCAAUGAGGCCCGGCUGUCCGACUCCGGAAACUACACCUGCCUGGCUAGCAACAUUGUAGCUAAGAGACGCAGCACCACAGCCACCGUUGUGGUGUUCGUGAAUGGGGGCUGGUCAUUGUGGACGGAGUGGUCUUCCUGCAAUGUGCGUUGCGGAAGGGGAGUUCAGAAGCGUUCUCGGACCUGCACAAACCCUGCACCGCUCAAUGGUGGGGCUUUCUGUGAGGGCAUGUCCAUGCAGAAGAUUACCUGCAAUGCUCUCUGCCCAGUGGAUGGUGGCUGGGAGGAGUGGAGCGAGUGGACCAUCUGCAGCUCAGAGUGCGAGAGGCAGCGGAGGAGGGCGUGCACGGCCCCUGCACCCAGGCACGGUGGCAAGCUAUGUGAGGGGCCCGGCCAGGUCAACGAGAACUGCACCGGUGGACUCUGCACCCAAAAUCGAAAGCUGCUGCAUGAUGUUAAACCUCAAAGUAUGGAGGGAACUAAUGACGUGGCUCUUUACUCUGGCCUGGCAGCUGGGGUCAUUGCGGUGGCUGUUCUUGUGGUGGCUGUCACGUUAUACAGGAAGAAUCAGAGCGAGUAUGGGGUGGAUGUCAUCGACUCGUCCGCGCUCACGGGAGGCUUUCAGUCCUUUAACUUCAAGACCACCAGACAAGGAAACCCACUUUUGCUCAACUCCUCCAUCCAGCCAGACCUGACGGUAGGCCGCACCUACAGCAGCCCCAUCUGUUUCCAGGACUCCAUGGACAAGGAGCUCUUUGACCCCUUGCCGGACAUCAAGGUCAAAGUUCAAAGCUCCUUCAUGGUAUCACUUGGGGUGGCUGACCGUGCAGAGUACCACGUUAAAGCUCACCCCGAGACCUUCCCCCGUGGAUUGAACCGGGACUACAGCACCAUGGACAGCCGCAAGAAGAGCCUGCUCACCCCCCCUGCCCCAGUCACUCCUGCCAAAAGAGAACUGAGGACUAUGGGCAUAUUUGGGAAUCUGGGUGGGCGUCUGGUGAUGCCGAAUACAGGAGUCAGCCUGCUGGUACCACAUGGUGCGAUCACAGAGGACACUUCCUGGGAAAUGUACAUGAUCAUCAAUCAGGAAGAGUCCAGUGCCCAAACAGAUGAAGGCUGUGAAAUACUACUAGGCCCGGAGGUCACAUAUGGGCCCCCAGGGCUCAACCUGUCCUGUCCUGUUGCCAUGACGAUAGCCCAUUGUGCUGAGGUCGACGGGGGAAACUGGAACAUCCGACUCAAGAGACAAACGCACGAUAACAAGUGGGAGGAGGUGAUGUCGGCGGAGGACGAGACGACCUCAUGUUACUGCCUGAUGGAGUCCCACAGCUGCCACCUGCUGCUGGACCAGCCUGGGUCCUACGCCUUGGUGGGCGAGCCCCUCACCGAGGAGGCCAUCAAGCGGCUGAAGCUGGCUGUGUUUGGCAGCCUGGGAGCCAGUCUCUUGGAAUACAGCCUGCGCGUGUACUGCGUGGACGACACACCCCACGCCUUUCAGGAGGUCGUAGCUAUGGAGACAGGAAGGGGUGGACAGCUGCUGGAAGAGCCCAAGACCCUGCUGUUCAAGGGGAACACCUUCAGCCUCCAAGUCUCCAUUCAGGAUGUCCCACAGUUUUUGUGGAACAUUAAGCCCUUCACCACCUGUCAGGAAUUCUCCUUCUCCCAAGUGUGGUGCAGCAACCAGCAGCCCCUGCACUGUGCCUUCUCUCUGGAGAGAUACAGCCCUGCCACCACCCAGCUCUCCUGCAAGAUCAGCGUGCGGCAGGUCAAAGGGCAUGAGCAGAUCCUCCAGGUCUACACGUCUGUGUCGGAGAGUGAAAAGGAGAGCAUCCCGUUCUUCACACAGGCAGACUGCACUGUCACAUCUCAGACCGGGUCCAAGGCCUUCAAAAUCCCCUUCUCCAUUCGCCAGAGGAUCUGCGCGACCUUUGACACUGCCAACGCCAAGGGCAAAGACUGGCAGCUCUUAGCUCAGAAGCUCCACAUCGAGAGGAAUCUGUCCUAUUUUGCCAAGCAGCGAAGCCCCUCUGCAGUCAUACUGAACCUGUGGGAGGCACAACACCAGGACAGCGGUGACCUGGACUCACUAGCCAGCGCUCUAGAGGAGAUUGGCAGGAUCCACUCUAAAAGCCCAGUGAAGAGCCCAGAGGAAACAAACUCAGACUUCCCUUAGUGGGAACUUGGUCACCUAGGCAGUGGGUGCUGCUGGUGUAACAGACACAACAAUCUACAGACUUCUAACAGGAAGUAUGGUUCCUGCACUCUCUUAAUUAUCAUAGGAAUCAUGGAUAAACCAGGGCCAGAAAAGAAAUUCAUAACUAACAAUCAAGAAACAUACAUAUUUAUGUACAAAAUUUUAAAAAGUCUAAUCAAUUAAUUAUUGACGUAUCAAAAAGAAUAGCCAAGGAUGGCGAUGUUGUGUAGGAGGUCUGGUGCCACAGGGCAAAAGAAGGAGGGAGCUGUUUAGACAACACAGUGGAAGUAAAGCUGUGUUCCUGCUGGACCCAUUUCUACUGGUCUCACAUUCAUGAACUGCCAGGACGCUUUGCUUUGUGUGACGUAAACAUGUUUUCUUUUGUUUCUUUUUUGUUUGCUUUUUUUCUACCAAGUUACCUUUUGCUUUCUGCUCCCCUGAACUUGAGCCACAGCACGCACAGUGCUUCUCUGUGAUUCUUUUCAGGGUGACUUGCUCAGUGGCCUCCUUGGUCCACCUGUAAUGGAGGAGGGGGAAAAGGGGGGGCAGAAAAAUUGCUUUGGGCAAACUCCCAUGAUCAGAACAGAGACUGGCUUGGAUCCUUACUGCUCCCUGUCGUUGUAGACCCUCUUGUGCACUGCCAUUUCUCAUCCCCUUACUUACACGUUGGUUUAACAUUUUCAAGUGUCUUGUCGAGAUGGAGGAACUAUUUUAAAAAUGGCAAGGUAGGGCAGUCUUGAAUGAAAUAUGGGAAAGGCUUUCUAUUUCUCAGCAGCCCAACACUGUAAGGGGGAGAACAGCAGUAAUGGGUUUUGUGAAAGCAGAGUGCUUUUGCAGAAGAAAUAUUUCUGAAAGGAAAACAGUGGAGACCCUAAUGGAAAUGUGUUUACUUCAGAUUGCAGUCCGCAGUGUUGCAUUUCUUGUUUUCAGCGCUGUAAGAUGUGGGAGUGGUGUGGUGAAAUUAGACUUUGUGCAGCACUAGUGUCUGACUUCUUGAAACUAGUAUUACUAUAUCUUAUUAUUUAUUAUCUGAUUGAAGUCAUGAACAACUACUGAUUGCCACAGAGCGCUCACAGUGUCUUUGCCACCUCAGGCUUUCAGUGAAAUCCUAUGCACAACACCUGUGUGAUGCUUGAGGAAAGGGUCAGACACUACAUGCAUUAAUGAAUGGUUUGCAGAUGGAGGGCAAGCUGGUGCUGCACCCUGUGAGUCUUGAUGGCAGCAAGUGACUAAAGCAUUAAGCUGAAAAUGUUGAUGCUCAAGCUUACUGUUGCGGGAUUGGCAGAGGAACAGUGGGUAGGUUCAGAUCUUAUGCCAGUCAUCCCAUGUGGUUACCUCCAGUGGAAAAAAAGGAGAUUGGAUUUAUUCUGUUCCCAGUCAUAAUUCACAGACAGAGCAUGAGUUAGCAGCAUCCCCAAAGCCUAGCACCUAGACCUAGUUCAGUACAAACUGCUACUUGAAACUGCCAAGUAAAACAUUGGCUGUGUUUGUCUAUGUUUGAGCAUUAGGGUACCUCCUAGGAGAGACAUUCACUGCAAUGUAAUAGAAUUUGAUGAGUUUUAGCCUCAUAUCCAUUUUCUCAUGUUACCAAUGCCCCAUGCUGGAAAAGGACCCAGUGAUCACUCUGCUGAGUUGGCCAGGUAGCACUGGUCUCACCAGGUUCUCCUGCAGAAAACAAAUGACUAAAAGUUUGUCAGGCUGCCUUUUGAAGUUUGUUGUUCACUUGCAGCAGAGAUUCAAGAUCAUAUUCCCCACAUACCAUAUCAACCGUAUAUUUUGAGAGCAGCACACUGAUAAGCCUUUCACCAGACACUGAAUAGCUGAACAACCUGAGGGCAAGAAAGCCACAGUUCAAUCUCCAACACAAUGGAGGAACAUGAACCAGCGGUCAGGACCAGAUGUAAUUAACGGCACACAAAGCCAAAAGAGCACUUUGAAAAGCCCCUUUAAAGUCUACAGGGACGCGGCAGGCAAGUUCCUUCCAUGUUAAACAAAUUAUCCAUCUAAUUAAUUUCAGUACUCCGUGGAAGGCAAACAUCUGAGGAGCCCAAACAAGGAAUCGUUUUAGGUGGGCUGUGGAUGCAUUCUGAAGAAAAAAAAUCAAUAAUACUAUGUGACAGAUGGACUCACGAGAAGCCAUUCACCUCAAGUUCAGUGGAUGUUGCAUUAGCUGCACUGAAAGUUUCAAGAGGGCAGUUAGCAUUUUGAACAGUCUUCAAAUGUGUGCUUCAACCAUGGAUGAUGGAGGAAGGGCAGAGGGGAAUGUACUUUGACUCAGAUAUCGACCACACUCUGAGGGAAAAUGUAGUCUUUUGCCACAGUAUUAUGACACUCAUAGUGAAGUAUGUCCUUAUACCCUUGAUAUAUUCUGGUAUAUUGAGGCAGUGGUGCUGAAAGCCUACCUUAUUCAUUUGAUUAUUUGAGUUCAGUUGUUGAAUCAGUUAUUUUUCUGAUAUGUUCCUGAAAGAUAGGCUUCAAGCUCCACUGCCAGAGCACUUAGGAAAGUCCCACUGACAACUACCAAAAGGUAUUCAUUUAGGUCUGCGGAAUAGCAUAUGCUGUUAAUAUGUUGCAGUCAUAAUUAUUUAAAGUAGCUGUUUUUUCCAUGAGACUGAUGACUGCUCACAUGCUAUGAAUACCAUUUAAUGUUUUGCUGAUCUAAACUGACAAUGUCGCUUUUCUCUGAUCAUUUGUCCUUUACUUUGUUCCCCACUCAUUCUGUUCUGCAUUAAAGUUCUGGAACAUUUCCAACAGCCUGUGGUCAAUAGGGUACUGCAAAAAGUGGCAUGAGAGUGGGUUGCUGUAAAAAAAAAAAGGAAAAAACCUAAAGGCUACAAAUAUGGUGUGUGAUUUGCUUUUGGAGUUCAUUUUGUGUCUUUUGUAAA